AUGUCAGUACUUCCUCAUUGGAAGUGAGAAAGUUCCUAUUUUAUUUUUGGACAGUAGGUUAAUCAGCGUUUUCGGCAUAAGAUAAGGUGUUGUUGAGUUACUGUUUUGAAAGUCUGAAGAUGUCCAAACCGCCUCCCAAGCCAGCUAAACCAGGCCAGGUGAAGGUGUUCCGAGCAAUGUUCACCUUUGACCCACGAACGCCUGAUGAACUCUACUUUGAAGAGGGUGAUAUUUUGUAUAUCUCUGAUACGAGUGACAGCAAUUGGUGGAAGGGGACCUGCAGGGGAAGGACCGGCCUCAUCCCAAGCAAUUACGUGGCAGAGCAGGCAGAGUCCAUUGACAACCCUAUGCAUGAGGCAGCUAAACGAGGGAAUCUGAGUUGGCUGCGGGAGUGUCUGGAGAACAAAGUGGGAAUCAAUGGACUGGACAAAGCUGGGAAUACUGCCCUCUACUGGGGAUGCCACGGAGGACACAAAGAUGUGGUGGAGGUCUUGCUGGGCCAGUCCAAUGUUGAGUUGAACCAACAGAAUAAACUGGGGGACACGGCAUUGCAUGCUGCUGCCUGGAAGGGCUACUCCGACAUUGUGGACAUGUUACUUAAUAAGGAUGCCAGGAUUGAUAUUAAGAACAAUGAGAAGAAGCUGGCUCUGGAUAUGGCCACCAAUGCUCAGUGUGCCUCUCUCAUCAAGAGGAAACAAGGAGGCAAUGUUACACGUAUACACAGCAACGCUGAUGAGUACCUUGACGACGAAGACUCUGACUAAUCCCCCCCUAAGAGUGAGGUCAGGCCAGUGUCGUGGAGAGGGGGCACGAGGGGGUUGGGGGUUGAAGUGUGUGGGGCUUUAUUAGAUGGGGGCAGGGGGAGGGUCGUUCCAUAUUCAUAAAAAUUUUAUCGGAAAUUCUCUUCAACGUUAUGAAAAGAAUCGGUUAUGAAAGUAAUAUAUUUAAUGAUAAUGUGAUGGGAACAAGGAAUUUCUAUAGGCUUUGGGCAGGUGAUAGGGGGAGGUUGGGCUCCAUCCACGGAAGCUUUGCAGAAGCCUGUCACGAUCUUACUGUGUCUGAAUAGGUAUUUGAAUGGAUCAGCUAACCACACUCCAGCAAUCUGUCUGUAGAUGCCAUGAUAAAUUACGUGGUACAGCUAUUAAUUGAUGCACUCGGUCUCUUAAAAGGGGCAGGUGACCUUUUUCUUUGGUUCUGUUAGAUUAUCGGUGGUCCUGAGGGAACCAAUAGCCUGGAUUCCACUGUCCUGAGUGGAAUUCAGGAGCUAGCGGUCAUUAUUACCAGUGUGGUCAUCUCUGUCAUGGAUAAUGGCUAUAUCAAGUGUCCUGUGCAAAACAUUCUGCUCCAACUCAAAUGAAAUCCCUUCCCUGAGGUUUCAAGUGCUACUGCGUUUUCUUAAUUUGCUUUCUGUCUUUCAUUUAUGUUGUUUGUCACCAACUGCCGCUCCACUGUUAAGAGAGACGGCCCCUUAAAGUGCCUUUUAUAUGAAGCCGUAAAGGGUUCGUUUGUCAGCAUGUGAUUGCAAGUGUGUCUGCGAAUGUCACCUGAAUGAUGUCUUUCAUAAAGAUGUUUUCAUCAAUGUUGAUCUUUUUGGUGUAACUGCUUUCUCUUUCCUGUCAACUAUGCAAUAAAAGUGUUUUAUCUAAUAAUUUGA